AUGAACCGUGUGUUCGUUUUCCCUCAACAGGAAGUGGUCAGAAAAGACUGGCUGUUCAAGCUGGUUGGCAAGGAAACCUUCACCGUGGGGAGCUGCAGCACCAGAGCCACCGUGGUCAUCGAGGCGGUCGGCGGCUUCGCCUACGAGUACUCGCUGGAGGUGGACGGCAAGAGUCUGCAGAAGUUCACCGACAACAGAGCCAGGACGUCCAAAACAUGGCUGCUCAAGGUGGACGGGGAGGACUGCAGGGUGGUGCUGGAAAAGGACACCAUGGACAUUUGGUGCAAUGGACAGAAAAUGGACGCCAUGGGCGAGUUUGUGGACGACGGCACGGAGACGUGCUUCAUGUUGGGGGGGCACGAGUGCUGCAUCAAGGCGGCGAGCGGGGGGGGGGAGAAGAAGAAGAAGAAGAACAGCAUCCUGCAUUUUCUCCUCCUGGACGGAGAGAAGAUACCUGCUUCUACACAAUAA